ACUCAAAGCAGCACAGUAGACAUCACUCCACACUUCAUCAACAGCACCACAUCGCAACUACUGCAACCAUGGAGUGCUCAUUCGGUAUCACUGGCAAGGACUAUGUCAUCCUCGCCUCAGACAUGAGCGCCGGCCGCUCGAUCCUGCAGUUCAAGUCGGACGAGAACAAGAUCAAGGCGCUCGGCCCGCACCUCGCCAUGGCUUACGGCGGCGAGCCCGGAGAUACCAACAACUUUGCCGACUACGUCGAGCGCAACGUGCGCCUGUAUCACAUCCGCCACCACCACGCCCUCCUCCCCGCCGCUGCGUCGUCGUGGAUCCGCCGCUCGCUCGCCGACUCGCUCCGCUCCAGGCGGCCCUACUCUGUCAACCUGCUGCUCGCGGGCUUUGACACGACUGACGACACGUCGCACCUCUACUGGAUCGACUACCUUGGCACCAAGGCCACCGUGCCGUACGCUGCCCACGGCUUUGGUCAGCUCGUCGCCCUCUCCACGAUGGACAAGUACUGGGUUGAGGGUGCCGACAAGCGCGCCGGCGUCGACACGGUCAGGAAGUGCAUUGACGAGGUUGCGAAGCGUCUCACCGUCAAGUUCUCCUUCAACGCCAUCCUGAUCGACAAGGACGGCAUCCACAACCUCGACCUGUCGUCCGAGGACCCCAUUGCCGCGAUCGAGGCCGCCGCCGCCGCCAAGGCCGAGGCUGCUGCCGCUGCCGCUGCGCCCGCGGCUGCCGCCGACGCGCCUGCACCCGCCGUCGCUGCCGCCGCAUAGGCUGGGGGAUCGGUAGAAAACAGCAGUAGUAGAGCAGCAU